AUGAGAGGAGGAAAACGAGGACGCGGAGGAAGACGUCGCAGACAAGGAGGUGGAAGAAGAAGAGGCUAUCAUCAGCAAUCCGAGUCAAAUGCUCCAUUGUUGGAUGGAAAAAACCCAAUUGAUUUGACGGUAGAAGAGGAUUAUUUAAUUGAAGGUGAAUCGGAUGAUGAAAACAUGAUGGAUGACUCAGCUUCUGAUUCUUCUUCCGAUUCUUCUUUUGACCCAAAUGAAAGAACUUCUGUUGCAACAGCUUCAACAGCAAGAUCCUCUCAUCCAAAAUCUCAUAAAAGCGGCAAGCAACAAUAUUAUGAACAGCAUAAGCAUAGAUUUGAAAUGAACAAUGAGGUUCUAGGUUGGGUGUUGGAUGACAUCAUGACACCCAUCGAAUUAGAUCCUAUUCCUGACAAAUUUAGAGACGUUAAACAUUAUUGCAAUAGCUUUUUGGAUUAUGUUUUUGAAGAAACACGAGCUUGUAUUCAACAAUCAAUAGAAACUGAUAAUCAUGGUGAAUUUGCAAAAUGCGCAGUCACAAAAUGGAAAAAGGGUAAAAAUCGUGGAGAUUCGGCCACCAUUUAUUUUGACAUUAUUCCAAGGCCUCCAAAGGAUCCAACUAUGACACCCUACAUACCAAUGUUUCAAAAACAUGAUUAUUGUAUUGUGACCUCUGAACCAAAUUUGAAAGAUUUGGAAAAACAAAAUCACUUCUUCGUCAUUGUAGAAGAAGGAAAUCAACAGAGUACCAACAAAUUCAAGAUGCAAUCUCAGCCAUGGAAUCGACGAGGAAGAAGAGGUGGAAGACGAGGUGGACGAGGAGGUAGACAACAAACAUCAUUCCCACGAGCUAAUGCUUCAUCAACUAUUCAAACAAAAUUCAAAGCCAAGUUUGUAGCAACAAGUGUAACCAAGCACAUGUUGAAUAUGGAGGCGACAUUCAAAAAAGGAAGAAAGCACAAGGGAAGUCAUAGACAAGGAGGUGGAGGAGGUAAACAAAAUUGGUUUGUUUUUCCAAUUUUCACAAUGGUUACAAAACACAGAGAGUACGAGGCAUUGCAAAGAAUGUCCAUUCCAAAUCACAUUUUCCAAGUUAUCAAAGGAGAACGUGCUCAUGGACAUCAAAAAGCUCAACCAGUUGAGAACAUUGCCCCUCCAUUGAGAGAGUUUCUUGAAAAAACCUAUAACGCUUCUCAAUUUAAGGCUAUUCAACAAGUAUUGAACAAGGUUGAUGAAAAAGUUCAUUUAAUUCAUGGACCUCCCGGUUGUGGUAAGACAAGCGUCUUACUAGGAUUGAUCAUGACACUUCUUGCCAAUAAGAAGCGUAUUCUAAUUUGUUCGGGUACCAAUGUUGCCGUAGAUCAUAUCAUUAACAAGAUGACUCAAAACGGUUUACGAAACAGUAAUGGAGAGAAAUACCAGCUUUCUAUUAACAAAAUGGCGAGAAUUGGUAAUGAUGAAAAAAUCGACGAGCUCAGCAAAAAAAUUGAUCCUGCAACUCGUUUCAAACAACUUCAAAGAAAUGUUAAAGAUAUAAUUCAUUGCGUAGAGUUAAUUCGUAACGAACAAGGAGAAGUUAUGGAGAAAUCUAGGCAAUCAAAUACUGCUUUCAAUGCUAGAAACUCAAUCAAAUCUAGGACAGAAAAAAUUAACAAGCUCAUUUCUAACACCGAUGACACGAUUAAUCGACUCUUGACAACAAAGCUUGUAAAUCAAGAAAUGGUGAACACAGUUCUAGAAAAAUUUUCUAAAGUUAAAGAACAUAUCAAAAACUUUUUAGAUCUAGGAAAUUCUUCAGACGCUAAAAAACAAGACUUGAAUAACAAUGCAAAAGAACUUUACGAUGAAAUUGAUGCAUUCUUUAAGGAGCUACAAGUUUACUUAACUCUCGAUAACAGAGAUGUUGAAAAGAAAAUUUUAGACAAUUGCGACUUGGUAUUUGCAACAUUAGCCAUUACCGGAAGGCACCUGAUGAGAAGUUGUAAAACAUUUGAUGUGCUAAUCAUUGACGAAGCGGCUCAAGUCACAGAAUCUGAAUCUAUCAUUCCAUUAUGCCUAGUUACAGAUACUCUUGUGUUAAUUGGAGAUCCCAAACAAUUACCCUCUACCGUAUUGUCUGAAGAAGCUGUUGAAAAGGAAUACAAUAGAAGCAUGUUCGAAAGAUUGAUGAAAUUGUCACACAACAAAGGAAUGUCCAUUCAAAAACCAGUCCUAUUAGACACACAAUAUCGUAUGCAUCCGGCAAUUUCUAAAUUCCCAGAAAAUGUUUUCUAUCAUGGUAUUCUAAAAGAUGGUGAAAAUGUAAAACAAUACCAUGCCCAUCCCGAUUGGAAGCCACUCUAUGAAAAAGGUCUUGAACCAUGCCUGUUUAUGCACUGUCCAAAUUCUGUUGAGUCCUUUAAUGCUCACAUUAAGAGUUAUCAAAACGAAGAAGAGGCAAAUUUAGUGGUUAAAUUGAUUGACUUUUAUAUGAACACGCUUGGCAUAUCCAGGAAUAAGAUUGCAGUCAUUACAUUUUACAGAGCUCAAGUGGAUCUUAUUCGAGAAAAGCUUUCUCAAUAUGAAAAGGAACAUCCACAGGUUGUAUCCAAAUCUCAAGUGACAAAGGAAGUUCAAACCUCAACAACAUCCCUUCAAGCUCAAAAAAAUCAAACCGAGAAUGUUGACACAACAGAAGUUAACAAAGUGUCGCAAGCUACAGAAGAUGGACUUGGAGAACCUCUACCAGAAGAUUACGAAGAUAGUAGUGAUGACGAAGAACCAUUGGAAGAGAUUGAAGAAUGGUUUGAUGUGAACACUGUUGAUUCGUACCAAGGUUCUGAAAAGCAAAUUGUCAUUUUGAGUACUGUUCGUGCCAAUGACAGAAAUAGUUUGGGUUUCUGUGUGGAUCAAAGACGUCUCAAUGUGGCCAUCACCAGAGCUCAGUAUUCUCUUGUCGUUGUUGGAAAUGGAGAGAAUUUAUGCAGCAAUGACAUUUGGAGGAGUUUCGUUAGUCACACCAAAAUUAUGGAGCCAUCUGAUUACUUUAAGAAUGAAGCUGGAGAUAAUGUUCCAACUGACAAUUUAUUAACAAGGAGCAUUCAGCGAAAUAGUCUUAAUCUGGUAGCAGCUUUAUUGGCUAACAAGACUCUUCUCAACAGCAUUGAGAAUAUGCAAGAUUUCACAAAUAAGAUUAUUGAUAUGUGUCUCAAUCGUGACAAUCACGUACUUUUUGGACAAGCUAUUAAGCAUUUGAAAAUUAAUUUACACACUACAGGAUUUAGAAACGGAAAUAAUCUCAUUCAUAGAUGUAUUCAUACAAGAAGCUACGAUUGUUUAGCUGUAUUGCUUCAUCAUGUUUCAUCUCAUUCCUUGUUACUUGACUUUGAUGACCGUGGUCAACUUGCUAUUCAUUUAAUUGCCAUCGACUAUGGUAGAAAACAACACGAAAAAGAGAAAUUGAAAGAAACAUUUGAGGCAAUGGUUUCUGCCAUGACAAAGGUAGAACCAAGUGCUCAACAAAAAAAGCAACUUCAUUUGACAAGAGUGGACCCUCUUGUUAUAUUUGAAACACUUAACAGAAAUGGACAGUCUGUUGCUGAAAUUCUCAUCAAGAAAGGAUGUGAAGAAUUAUUGGAAAUUUUGGCAAAAUUUAAUGUAUUGAAUGAUACUGAUGAAAAUUUGAGAAAAUUAGCGAAAGGAGGAAAUUUGGAACGGUUUUUCAAAGUGAACAACAACAACAUAACGUCACAACCUCCUUCUUCAAUCAACAUUCAACAACCAACUAAGGAACGACCAUCAUCCAAGCAACAUCAUCAAAACAAUCACUUGUCCCAAAAUCAAUCAAGAAAUUCUCAACAACAAGAACGUCAAGCAACAAGUAUUAAUGAUCAGCAACCAACACACAACCACAUCAAAGGAUCAACAAAUUCACAAAAAGAUCUACACAGAAUCAAACACCAGCAACAACCUCAAAUGCCCACAAAAUCUCAUGUCGUACCAAAAUCUCAGGAACAACUCGUUCAACGGCAAACAUCUCAACAGCACACAGAGACUACAACAGAUGAUUAUCAAAAACAGUAUGAACAAUUCAAGCAGUUGAUGCAAGCCAAAUUCGUUCCUUCUGCCACAGCAGUAUCACCGAGCAAUAUAAAUCAAAUGGUAUCACCGCCUCAGCAACAAGAUUCUUUAACGAGAAAUGAUCGAGUUCGUACCAGUGGUGGACAAAACAAGCAACAACAGCAACGAUUUGUUAAGGUUGAAAAAUCACAACAGCAGCAAAGCGUCACUCCACCCUUAAAGACACAAGAGAACAUUGCUUCCCCACCUCAGCAGGAAACUGUACAACAAACUCAUCACAAAAAGGAUCGACACCACCACUCUUCUCGCAACAAUAACAAAUUUGCAGCAAACCCUCAAAAGAUUUUGUUUGUAAAAUCCAGUAAUAAUUCCUCAUCGUCGUCACAACAAUAA